GCGCGUUCCCCUCUUCCUCCCAUUUCAAACCCCGUCAUUUCUUUUUGUCGCCCGAUUCUUUCCGGUUGAACCACUCCUCCCUCCCCCCUGCAUUGCUUCCAUCCCUCCCUCUAUCUAUAAUCUAACUCCUUCCAUCAGAAAGGUACAAAAACUGUACCGACCCAAACAAAACGUCGAACUGAUAUAUUUUAUUCAACAUUAAAUAAUCGUUUCUUUAUUUUAUUUCAUAAAAUAUGGUUCUCCGCUCCUAGUAUAUUGCUCUCUACACACGAAUGCAUUCACGCAUACUGCAGAGAGAUUAGGAAGUUCUGAUCUUGUUCCUUCUCGAUCUCUCCUCCCAUAUCUGCACUUUACCAGAGCAUCAACUUUUGUUGGUUUCCAGGCGGCGGUAGAUUUCUGGUGUUUUGGGUGUUUGGUGAUGAAAUUGCGAUGAGAUUUCUGACCUAGGGCUCCAAGGAAGUGGUAUUCUGGGAUUUCUGGGAUUUCAUUUUUUUUGUCUUUGGGUUAGGGGAUUUGAAUGGGAAAUAAGUUGGGUAGGAGGAAGCAAGUGGUGGACGAGAAGUACACAAGGCCUCAGGGGUUGUACCAGCACAAGGAUGUGGACCACAAGAAGCUUCGGAAGCUCAUACUCGACUCCAAGCUCGCUCCAUGCUAUCCUGGAGACGAUGAAUGUGGAGGCAACUCUGAACUCGAGGAGUGUCCCAUUUGCUUCUUGUAUUAUCCAAGUCUAAAUCGUUCAAGAUGUUGCAUGAAAGGAAUCUGCACAGAGUGCUUUUUGCAGAUGAAGACCCCUAAUUCAACCCUGCCAACACAAUGUCCUUUCUGUAAAACCUUAAACUAUGCUGUGGAGUACCGUGGAGUAAAAACGAAGGAAGAAAAAGGCAUAGAGAAAAUUGAGGAACAGCUUGUCAUUGAAGCCAAAAUAAGGAUGAGACAACAGGAAAUUCACGAUGAAGAGGAGAGGAUCCUCAAACGAAAAGACGUGUGUUCUUCAAGCAACAUUUCUGGACCAAGUGAGAUGGAGCACUGUUCAAUACCAGCUGCCUCCAUUGAAGGCUCUGAAGUUGUUGCUUCCGUUGAGACAUGUUCUGCUCCAACAAUCCAGGAACCUUUAUUGCCAAGACAGAACAGCAGGGAGGAUGAAUUUGACUUGGAUCUCGAGGACAUAAUGGUCAUGGAAGCUAUAUGGCUAUCUAUCCAGGAAAACGGAAAGUUCCAGACUCCAGGUUAUAAUGGUGAACACGCAGCUGGCCAUCCAUCUGAACAUGUUGUACCCAUAGCUCCACCUGUGGGGGGAGCACCAUCAUGCUCGUCAUCUUCCCCUUCCCCUUCAGGAGGUCUGGCUUGUGCAAUUGCAGCCCUUGCAGAGCGGCAGCAAACAGGCAGGGAGUCUUCCUCCUCCUCCAGUACUUAUAGUGGUGUACCACUAUUAUCAUCAUUUCAUCCCUUCAGCCAUUCUGCACCUAGCAACAGAUUUUCAGACAUGGUGGUGCAAGGAAAUGAAGGUUACCAUCCACCUCAGAGCGAGAUGAACGAAGAUAGGAGGGAAUGGGCUGACGGUGUUUCUUUGAUGGAUGAUGUUACAAGCCCAGGUGACAGAGAGAGCUAUCAUCAGCCUAUCUCAGGGCCUCCCAUUGUUCCAGAAAGUUUUGAAGAGCAGAUGAUGCUAGCUAUGGCUGUUUCUCUUGCUGACUCACAAUCAAUGACAAGUAAUAAUGCACCAGCAGAAGAGGCAUGGCAUUAGUUCUUAGCAGGAUAUUGUUACUUAGGUGUCAUUCCUUUUACUUUUUUUUUUCAUUUCCCGCGUUCUGGCACAUUUUAUUCAGAGAAAAAGAGAAAAGAAAUGCCCCCUCCCGUUUUUUACCUUUUUCUGAUUUCUAAAACAUUUGUGGUAGAUUUUAGUAUAUUGUAGAGCAAGUGGUUGUAGUGAAUGAUUAUAUACUGUUCUUUCAUCUGGCAAAAAUACAGAAAGGCCAGGAAAAAAAGCGUGGGAUGAAUUAGAAGGAAAAUCUUGAAACCGUUUGAACCGAAGUGGCUG